AUGCACGAGGAAGACGGAUACGGGUCCUUCCGGGAAGACUCCGAGGAGGCAGCUCUACAGCCAGCAGCUCCUUGGGAGGCCCGUGGCCGUGAAACACUGUGUUCCUCACCCUCCUUGUCUCUUUUACAGAUCACUGACUCAGCUGGGCACAUCCUGUAUGCCAAGGAGGACGCCACUAAGGGCAAGUUUGCCUUCACCACUGAAGACUAUGAUAUGUUUGAGGCCUGUUUUGAGAGCAAGCUUCCUGUGGGAACAGGGAGGAUGCCGGACCAGCUCGUGAUCCUGGAUAUGAAGCAUGGAGUUGAAGCAAAGAACUACGAGGAGAUUGCAAAAGUGGAGAAGCUGAAGCCUCUGGAAGUAGAAUUGAGGCGCCUGGAAGAUCUUUCAGAGUCCAUCGUUAAUGACUUUGCCUACAUGAAGAAACGAGAAGAGGAGAUGAGGGACACGAACGAGUCGACAAACACCCGGGUUCUGUACUUCAGCAUUUUCUCCAUGUGCUGUCUCAUCGGACUGGCUACCUGGCAGGUUUUCUACCUGCGUCGCUUCUUCAAGGCCAAGAAACUGAUUGAGUAAAGGAGCAAGUCCUCCUCCCCCUCCUCUCAGACCCAGCUGGACACCGCUGGGAUGCAGCCUUGGCCCCCUGGAGCCGUCUCACAGAUGAUACCCGCUGACUGGAGCUUUUCUGCAGGAACUUGGACCCUAAAGGGGGAGGGGAGCCUAAACAUUAGAGGCAACGGGGAACUUGUGAAAUCCUGUUGGAAGUUGAGGGUGGGGGAGGUUAUGAUGGGUUUGGGGAUUCCUGGGGCAGCGAUUAAAUAAAA